AUGAACGCGCGCGCGACCGCCCAGACUAUUGGCUUCAACAACGAGGGUGGGAGGAUAGCUAUUCAGGCGGCAGAGUACCAUGUCCACGGGGACAACAUCGUAAAUCAGGCACAAGAAGGUGGUCUGGAGAAGCUACCGUACGCCGCCGAAGCGCCGUUCAACGCGUAUACCCGGCAGCACGACCCGGAAUGCCUCCCUUCCACGCGAACCGCGCUCUUGGACGACAUAUAUACGUGGACCGAUGGACACGAUGAGCGAUGCGUCUACUGGCUAAACGGUCUAGCUGGUACCGGAAAGUCAACAAUUGCGCGGACAGUAGCUCGUAGGCACUAUAAGCGGAGGAGCCUAGGAGCCAGCUUCUUCUUUAACAGAGGUGGCGGCGACGUUAGUCAUGCGCGCAAAUUCGUAACGAGCGUUGCUGUCCAGCUUGCAUACAAUGUUCCAGUAUGUCGUCAGCAUAUAUGUGAUGCGAUUGCAGAGCGCCCUGAUAUCUCGAAUUCCACGUUGCGCGACCAGUGGCAGCAACUCGUCCUUCGUCCGUUAUCCGCGCUCAACACUUUGGGCAAUAUCACUGCUUUAGUUCUGGUUAUCGAUGCUCUGGAUGAGUGUGAUGACGACGACGAUAUCCGGAUAGUUAUUGAAUUGCUGGCUGAAGCGCAAGUACUCAGCGGACCGAAAGUGCGCGUAUUCUUGACGAGCAGGCCUGAAGUAGCGAUCCGGCACGGCUUCUGCGAUGUGCCAGAUACAUCACAUCAGUGUUUCGUGCUGCACCACAUCGCAUCCUCUGUUGUCGAUGCUGAUAUCGAGCUCUUCUUGAAGCACAAUCUUGCAAUCACUGGUCGAGAACAACGCCUGCCCGCUGGCUGGCCCGGCUCUGAGAUAGUCGCAAAGAUGGUGCAAAGGGCUAAUGGUCUCUUCAUCUGGGCUGCAACCGCCCACCGGUUUGUUCAACAAGGCAGACGUUUUGCGGCACGAAGGCUGGAAUUUAUCAUUGAGGGUGACACAGACACGCAAGGAGAACCCGAGAAACAUCUUGAUCAAAUCUACAUGACCAUUCUGCGAAGCUCACUUCGUCCAGAGUAUUCAGAAGGAGAAGGAGAAGAGCAUUGCAAGAAACUAAGAUAUGUUCUUGGAACCUUGGUAGUAUUGAAAGCGCCGCUCGCAGCGGAAGCACUAGAGAAGCUGCUAGGUGUUGUAGAAGAAGGUAUCGGGUCGAUAAUCGAAGAUUUGCAUGCCAUCCUUGAUGUGCCAGCAGAUAAAUCGAGACCAAUACGUCUCCAUCAUCCUUCGUUGCGCGACUUUCUGCUCAACAAAAGACGAUGUACUGAUACCAGAUUCUGGAUAGACGAAGCACAAAUUCAUACUGCAUUGUCAUCGCGGUGCAUAGCACUGAUGACAGGCUUUUUCAAGCAGACAGGAGGAACCGAUGCCGUAACAGCUGUACAGAAUGGCAGGGUCUUAUGUUCAGAGCUAAAAAAGCUGCGAAAGGAGAUGAGGAACAGGAUACGGAACUUGACCGAGUUCUACACGGCGAAUCUUGCGGAGUUGCAAAACGAUAUGAGGGAUCCAAAAGUCGCAGAGCGAGGUCUGACAACCACAAAGAGCUAUAAGAGACUCGAUUACGAGGGUUUGAAGUCUCUCAAAAAGAUAUUUUCAAAUGCUAUAUCAGUGUAUGAAGGUAUCCUGGAGGGAUUUGAAGCCCUUAAAUCAAUCCCUGGUCAUGAUGCCGAAUCACCAUACUCCGUCGAGCUACGGUACGCGGUGUAUAACUGGGCUCGUCAUCUCAAACAAAGCGGAAGGAAGCCCAUUGAUCAUGGAGAAGCUCAUGCUUUCGUCAGUGAGUAUUUCUGGGCCUUGUGUUUGAUGAUUACUUCUUGGUUGCAAUUCUGGGCAUGGAUGAGCAACAUAAAGUGUGUCCAGGAUUGUGUUUCUGAAGAAGUUGCUCCUCUAUUUGCCGCUUUCCUCCAGGGCAAAGAUGUGGCAAUAUGUAUUCAAGAAUUGAAAGGGGUCGGCACAGCUAUAAUCGAGCUCGAAAGAUUGAUGAGCGAUUUUAGCAAUAUGCUGAAUGCAGUAGAAAUAGAUGCGUAG